GUCCUAAAAAUAUACAAGCUAAAAAGAAGAAGAAAGUGUAAUUACCGAAAACAAAAUAGCCGCUUUUAUAAAAUAAAUAAUUAUAAACAUUUCGGUUAUUAGAUUUACUUUUUGUCGAAAGGUAAUUGAUAUCAAAAAUGUAUAGAACAGAUAAACAGUUUAUGAAAAACCCAGCGACAGUACCUUGUAGAAUUUACAUUGGCGGAUUAGCAAAAACAGUGAUUGCUAGUGACCUAGAGGAAAUAUUUAAACAGCAUGGUACUAUAGCAGGUCUAAGUUUACAUUCAGGGUUUGCUUUCAUUCAGUUUGAGAAAGAAAGUGAAGCUCAAUCUGCAAUACAAAAAGAAAAUGGUACAUUAGUGUGUGGUAGAAGGAUUACGGUAAAACAAGCAUUAGAUAAGCCUAAAACUAAUCAAAAUCAGCAACAAAAAGGAGGUACUCCCAACAAAAAUACUCAAGCUACGCCCCAAAAGCAAGCGCAAGAGUCUCCUGUGCCUCAAGAAACUCCGCCACCGCCUCCUCCUCAAAACGUUAAUAUAAAACCUGAAUUUGAACAAGAUACCGGAGAGGAUGUGGUCGAAGAUGAUAGACCAAAUAUUAAACCACCGGGCCCGCGUAGACAUAGCGCGGAUAAAGGUUUUCAUAAAGGCGGUAGAAAAGGAGGUGGAAGAAAUAAAUCUAAAGAUAGAGAAUUUGAAAGAUUUAAUAAAAGAUUCGAACCUCCACCAAAGAUGGAUGUUUAUAGAGACAACAGAGAUCCUUAUCCUUUCGGUAGAGAUGUUGAUUAUUUACCUCACAGAAACGAAUCCUAUCAACCAGUUUUUGAACCACCUCCACCUAUAGUUGAGAAAAAUGAUUGUGAAAUUAUUGUUGUAGCAAAACAACUAACAGAGUAUGCAGAGUUUAUUGAACAGAAAUUAAAAACUCAUGGUAUGUUAGUGGAUCUACUGUUUCCGAAUGAAGAUGUCCCAAUUGGAAAAGUUUUGGCAAAUAUAUCAAGUAGAGGUUGUUUGUACGCCAUUCUCGUAAUGCCAGUAAAUGAAGAACAUCGAAGUUUAACACUCAAUAUUCUUCAUGGUAUUCCACAAGAACAUAGAAAUAUGCCAAUAGAUGAUGCUAUGAUCUUGAUAUCAAGAGAUUUUGAAGCAUAUAUGAAAGGUGAUCGCGUUCCUGUUGAUCCAAAUCAUAUGACGUUAAAUGAUAGACAUCCAGCACAAAUGCAGAUGCUCCUGAGUCUUUUAUCAGAAAAUCGUCAGAUAACGUCUAUACAAUAUGACAAAUUGAUCGUUUAUUUACAAGAAAGACGAGCACUUCAAAAAGAAUACGAAAUUGAACAGGGCCUAACACCAACAGAAGAACCUGACGCUAAACAAGCGGAACUUCAGAAUCGUAUAAUGAACAUACUUAAUAAAUCCGGUGACGUUUCGAUACCGGAACGACAACAAAGCGACGAAUCGACGCCGAUUUUAAAAGAUCCUACUGUCCAAAAGGCAUUAGACAGUUUGAUGUUAGGAGAUAUGUUUAAGAAUAUUUCUGGAUAAGAAGUGUUAGUUUUAUGUGUGUGAUAAAAGUGAUUGGUUCCAAAAACACUUUAUGUGAACACUUGUGACAUCCCCUAUAUUAAAUAUAAAGUGGCCCCAAAAAGGUUUUGUAGAGUUUCAAAAGAUUGGGAUCUAUGAUGUGUCUUGAUAACUAUAUUAUUAAAAUUUUCUCUAAUUGUAUUUCCUAAUUUUUAAUGUGUUGAAAAUGUAUUCAUUGGCAAAGUCAAAACUUUACAUUAUAAGAAAAACAAAUUUAAACAUCUUGAUUUAUUGCAGAUUUGGUUCUGUCAGUUUAUUUUUCAUCUUUUUUAUCAUCAAGAUCAGAAUGAAUGUGUUUUGGGAAAAAAUGAGUGACUAUCACUAUCCUUACCUGAUAUAAAAAUACUUUGCAAAAAUCAAACAAUGUUUUCAAAAAUUUUUUGCUCAAAAUAUAUUUUAUUUAAUUCCAAAUUUUUUUAGUUACUUUUUGGUAUUCUAAAUUAUGUUUUCUGCUUUUGUAACCUUCGUUUAUCUUUGAAUCAUUUUUGAUAUUUCAUAAGGAUAUACCCUUCCACUGCUGGUUUAUAUUGUUUUAUGUCCUUCAUUUAUACAGAAUGUUCACCAGAAGUUGAUUUUUGAAAACUAAAGGGUUAGAACAAAAAAAUUUCCUUAUAUAUUAUAUAUACAAUAAACUGAAGAAAAGUAAAUUACAGUAUUAUUAUUGUUUUAAUAUAUUUGAGGUCCUUCUAGAUAAUUUUAGAAUAUUUGGUAACAUUAUAGUUCAUUCUGGGACAUAUUUUAAGUCCCAUUAGAUUAUUUUAGUACACUUAGGGGGUCUUUCUAGAGUGUUUUAGCACAUUUGGGAUCAUAGAUCGUUUUAGAACACUUGCUACCCUUAUAAAAUAUUAUAGGACAAAUUUUAAUUCCUUAUAGAUUGUUUUAAUGCAUUUGGGGUACUUCUACUACUCUUGGGAGCCUUAUAGAUCAUUCUAGAUCAGAUUUUAGGUCCUAGAAGAUUAUUUUAGUACAUUUGGGAUCAUUUUCGAACAAUUGGAUAUAAAACAUUCUAGAAUCAAAUUUAAGCGCUAAUAGAUUGUUUUAAUACAUUUGGGGUCCUAAAUCAUUUUAGAGCAUGUGGGAACAUUAUAGAUCAUUCUAAGACAGAUUUUAAGGCCUACUAGAUUGUUUUAGUACACUUGGAAUCCUUCUCUAGUGUUUUAGAACUAUUAAGAUCAUUUUAGAAUACUUGGAAACCUUAUAAAACAUUUUAGGACAUAUUUUAGGUUCUUAUAGAUUAUUUUAAUGGACAAAAGGACACACGAGAUCAUUUUAGGUUACUUGCGAUCUUUAUAUAUCAUUCUGGAAUAUAUUUUAGGUCCCACUAGAUUAUUUUAGUACAAUUGGGGUCAAUUUUUUACAUAAAUAAAUAAAUAACAACAUUUAA